ACUGUGCGUUCAUCCACUGCUUCUGGGCAACUGUGGCUGGUGGUUAAUUCAGGAGUUACUGAAAGCGGAAAUGGCUGCAAAACAAGUGGAGAUGACUUACUUAGUGAUGUUUUUGGGGGCAGUUUAUCAGAGUUUCUGGAAGUAUUCUACAAUUCUGUCGAGUAAUGAUGAACUGAAUAAAAUCAAACAGUUCAUGAGAGAGAUGCAGACCUCAAUGAAAGAGAACGAUAUGAUAUCCAACAUCAGGAAGCGACAUUUGCCGAAAACAUUAAAAACCACUAUGAAGUUUGUCAGGAUCCACGUGACAACGCCUGUGCUUGGUUCAAUCUUUACAUGCUUCACGAACUACUACAUAACCAAAACUAUUCUUAUGUAUUCUACACCCUUUCUAAAUCAUUGGCUGGACAUUUCCAUUCAAUUUAUAACGUUGACCUCGUUGAACAUUGUGGUUGUGGCCUCAGAUUGCGUCCUGAUCAUCAUAGUGGGCUUUCUUGUGGGUGAAUUGAAGACCAUCAGCGAUUUGGCGUCCAAAAUAACAGAAGAAGAGAUGAUUUUGAAGGAUAUUUAUAAGAUGCACAUAAGAAUUCAUGAGAUUUUAGACGUCUUCAGGAAAGUUUUCUGUCAACUCAGUCUCCAAAUGAUCUGCUCAAAUUUUAUGAUGCUUUGCUCAUAUUUCUACAUGAUGAGAUACUUAUCCAUUUCCAUAGCCACGGUCGUCGGAAUGCUUGCCAUCACCUUUCAAUUGAUCAUUGUCUGCUUCAUUGGCCAAGUGCUGCUGAGCAGUACUGAAGAAGUGGCAGAUGCGCUCUUGCAGACCCCAUGGGAUGAAUUGAGUCUGCAGGAACAGAAGACUUUUCUCCUCAUCCUACAAAUGGCGCAGAGGCCUAAAGGAAUCGACGCGGGAGGAGUGACAGUCAUAUCUGCAAACACUCUUGUUCAAGUCACGAAGACCUCAAUGUCUUUUGUGGCUUUCAUAUAUACAGUCAUCAAUUAGGAACUAAAAAGAACUUUUGGUACAAUAUUUAUCAAUUUAGGUACUACACUGAGCAACACGAAAGAAUAAUGCCUGAAACUCUCAUAUUUUUGAUUAACACAUAAUAUAUAUGUACGACAGACUAACAACACAUAUUCUAAUUAUUUGAUAAAUCAGUUUGACGUUGCUUUGUUCUUAAUUGAAACUUGCUUGAGAUCUUCGCGCAUUUCUCUCAUGAAUUUUCUGAAAAUGUAAUUUGCACUGACGAAAUCGUUUAGCUGUCCUAGGCAAUAAAUAC